CGCUGGUGCAAUGUUAAAUUAAUGUAGUGCUGCAAAUCGCAAAUCUCUCGUGUGCUUCAUUGUGGAGCAGUGGCUCCCAGUCCCAGACGAAAAGUUUUCGUUUGUAUUUGUUUAUGUAUAAAAAAAAAAUAUAAAAAGAUAAAAUGGAUUUGUACGACGAUAUAGACGCAAAGCCGCGUGCCAGCCAAAUGGAUGGAUGGUCAUCGGGCAUCAAAAUGCUACAAACGCAGCUGGCAGUAAAGAAAGCCCAACUGCCGAAACCCAAACCAAGGGAUCAAAUCAAGAAACCGCUAAUGACACCCGUUGUUAAUCUGCGCGCUAAACGUACUACAGACUCGGAUAAUUUCGUGCCCGUAACAGUGGCUGCCAAAACAAUCAUCACGAGUACGACGACUCUGGCCCCGGCGCCAGUGUUGGAGAGCAUAAAAACAGAUGAUUGGGACUUCGUGGACGAGUAUGAUCCGCAGUGGCCCAACGAGUAUGAGAAGUUAAAGGACAAGACAAAGAGCAGUGAAAAGCCACGCAACAACAACAACGGCGGCGGCGGUGGUGCGAACAAUCGGGAGGAGCGUGAUCGAGACAGAGAUCGUGAUCGAAAGCGUAAUCGUAGCGGACGCCGAGAUAUGCACAAUCACGACAAUUCGCCCCCAGCGGCGAAAUUUAGUGGCUUUGCUCAGCGACAAAGUGAUGAGGACAGAUAUAGUCCACCUGCUCCCGGUUCAGUGGCCAAACAAGGCGGUGGAGCGGCUAUUGCGCCACCACCAUCACUUUCCAUCGACAAUGGCGACGGCUCCUCGAAUGUAACCAUACCCUACUCGGCCAGCUCGGUGGCGGCAAAGAUUAUGGCAAAGUACGGCUUCAAGGAUGGGCAAGGUCUAGGCAAAUCCGAACAGGGCAUGUCGGUGGCGCUACAAGUUGAAAAGACAUCCAAGCGCGGUGGUCGCAUCAUACAUGAAAAAGACGUAUUUUUACCUCCACUCGCGGCACCAUCCUCACCUCCCCUUUCCCAACUACCAGCUGGAAACACAACGCCGACAGUAUCAAGUCCCAUUCCUGUAGCUGGUGCUGCUGCCAUGCCGCCGCCACCAUUGCCAGGCCCACCAGCGGCUGCAGCCAGUGAGCCGGAGCCCAGCAUAACCGAAAUUAUGAAGGCGCCCAGCAAAGUUGUGCUACUUCGCAAUAUGGUCGGACCGGGCGAUGUUGACGAGGAGCUUGAGCCGGAGGUAAAGGAUGAAUGCAAUACAAAGUAUGGUGAAGUGAACAGUGUCAUCAUACACGAGGCAUUCGGCACAAUUCCUGAAGAUGCCGUCAAAAUAUUUGUCGAGUUUAAGCGCAUUGAGAGCGCCAUAAAAGCUGUUGUGGAUUUGAAUGGUCGAUUCUUCGGAGGGCGACAGGUGCGAGCGGGCUUUUAUAAUUUUGAUAAGUUCAAGAGUUUUCAAUUAAACUAAGCUAAUAAAUAUUUAAAAUGCAA